AUGACGCCAACGCUCCUAUUGUGGCUCCUCAUCCUACAUGCCUCCCUCCAGCCCUCAGGAAGCCAUGGUGGUGACUUUGAGGAGGUGAAGGACUAUGAGGUGGUUCGACCUGUCAGACUCCACACAGUCAGAAAAAGACAUGCAGAGAAUAUCAGACCAGAAACUCUCAAAUAUGCAAUGACGGUUGGAGGAAAGGACAUUGAACUGCAACUAGAAAAAAAUAAGGAACUACUCACCAAAGACUACUCUGAGACGUAUUACCGAGAAGACGGGACUCAAGUCACCACAACUCCGAAUGACAUUGAUCACUGCUACUAUCAUGGGAGGAUUGUGAAUGACAGCCAAUCAUCUGUUAGCAUCAGCACUUGUGACGGACUCAGGGGUUACUUCAGAAUGUCUGCCCAGAGGUACCUGAUUGAGCCCCUGUCUGGUGGCGAUGAGGGGGACCAUGCUGUGAUGACUUUUGAUAACAAGACCUCCACGUUCACGCCUGCAGUGUGUGGAGUCACCAACACCACCUGGGAUGAUGACUUUGAACCUCCAACAAGCCGGAGCCGCUCCAGAUCAGCGGGUAUAUCCAUUGUCCAGCAACAGAAAUACCUUCAGCUCUACCUGGUGGUUGAUAAUCGUGCGUAUGUGAAGAUGAAGCGAGAUCAGACAGAGACAAGAAAGAGGAUAUUUGAAGUUGUGAACUUCGUCAACAUGGCAUACAAGCCCCUGAGGACCUUCAUCGCUCUGGUGGGGCUGGAGAUCUGGACUACGCGUGACUUGAUUACUGUGACGCCCCCUGCUGGCGCCAACCUGGACGCUUUCAGGAACUGGAGGAACUCUGAGCUGGUGUCAAGGAUAAACCAUGACAACGCACAUCUCAUCAGUGGGAUUGACUUUGAAGGAUCCACUGUGGGACUGGCCUACAUCGGGACUCUGUGCUCAGGUCACUCUGUUGGAGUAGUACAAGAUCACAAUGACCGGGCCAUAGCAGUGGGAGCGACGCUGGCCCAUGAGAUGGGCCACAACCUGGGCAUGAACCACGACGACUCCAGCGGCUGCGCUUGUUCAGGUGAUAGCUGCAUCAUGGCCGCAGCACUCAGCUGGAGAAUCCCUCGUACAUUUAGCAGCUGCAGCAGCAACAACUAUGAGAAAUACCAGCUGAGCCGAACGCCCAGCUGCCUGCUGGACAAACCUGACUACCACACUCUGCAGACUCCGGCCGUCUGUGGGAACGGCUUCCUGGAGGUUGGAGAGCAGUGUGACUGUGGCAGUCUGGAGGAGUGCACCAACCCGUGCUGUAACGCCACCACCUGCAGCCUGAAGGAAGGCUCCCAGUGUGCUGAGGGAGAGUGCUGUGAUAACUGUAAGAUCUCUCCUCGCAGCGUGGAGUGUCGGCGGCAGCAGGAUGACUGUGACCUGGCAGAGUUCUGUGAUGGGAGGACCAACACGUGUCCUGAGGACGUCUUCGCUGUGAACGGCCUGCCCUGUGAUGAAGGACGAGGCUACUGCUUCAAUGGCCAGUGUCCUCAGAGACCCAACCAGUGCAUCAAACUCUACGGACCCAGUGCUACUGAGGGCAGUGCAAAAUGCUUCAACUACAACAAGAGACCAACUUACUACUCCUUCUGCAAACGCACGGGACAGGACACGUACAUCCCCUGCCAGCAACAAGACGUGUACUGUGGGAAGCUCUUCUGCCACAACGGGAACGUGAACCCGAGCUACGGCCGCAUGGUCAGAGUCGGCGGGGACUGCAAGGCAGCGUUCUUCUCAGACUACACCAAAGACUACGGCCAGGUCAACACAGGCACCAAAUGUGGGGAUGGAAAGGUGUGCAGCGAGAAUGAGUGUAUGGAGCUGGCAGCAGCAUACGGGAAUGUAAACUGUUCAACUAAAUGCAGAGGCCAUGCUGUGUGUAACCACAGGAGUGAGUGCCAGUGUGAGCCUGGCUGGAUGCCUCCUCACUGCAGCUCCACCGAUGAAGCUUUCACUUCUCUCUCUAAAGGAGCAACUAUUGCCAUAGCAAUCUCAGUUGUCCUGGUGGUUUUAGGUGCUGUUGCUGGUGUGGUAGGGUUCAUGUGGAAAAAACGACAAAGCCCCAUGUUGCCAACGUCACACACUCCGAGGAAGCCGCCAGCAGUGAACAGCGCCCCCCACCGCCAACCCAUGCCAGUGCAGGCUGGAAGGCCAAAACCCAAAGGAGCUCCUCCUCCACCACCUCCAGCAGGGAACAGACCCAAACCUCCAGGCCAGAACUACACCGCUGCACGGCAGGCUCUGAGGCCAGUCCCUCCUCCAAAGGCCUGAGGUCUGACACAUCGUAGUAAACCUGGGCUCCACCUUCGUCCACUGACCCCAACAAGGUCUUCUGGGAACCCAGACACGUUUUUGCUGGAGGUCUCCUGCCACAACUCUUCCUCUGAAGUGUUUUUUCUGAAGCACAAUGUAAUGUUUGUACCAAUGAUGUGCAGAGAAGAGACUUUCAGGUGUUACUUGCUUGCCAUGCACUGAGGACUUCUUGUUACAGGGAUUAUCUGUUUGUUUUUUAAGGCACUUUUUAUACUAUAAGGUUCGGGUUAGUGCAACAAGAUACAGCUCUGGCCCUGAAUGUGAGCCAUAUCAUUUCAUACAUGUUGUUUGAUUUUGUGCAUUAUUCUGCACCAUAAAUGUGACGAGAUUGGAUAUAAAUGUCAAACAGUAUUCAGAGACUGCAGUAAUUUGUAAAUGUUUUAUUUUUGUGUUUCAAAGAUAUUCUGAACUGCUUUAA